AUGAAUAUCAAAAUGUGUAAGCUUUCUGGUUAUCACAUCAUGAUAGUCUCGAAAUAUUUCGAGACUAUCAAAGACUUAAUUAACUUGGAGUUGGUAUGCAAGAAGUUUAGCAACAACAUGAAAAAGUUUCACUUCAAUCCGUUUCCGUUGAAUUCCAAAACACUUAGAUGCUUCCCAAACAUCGAGACACUUCACUUGUGGAGUAAAAAAGAUGAGAAUUUCGGCAAUGGAUUUAUGAUCAACACAGAAUACUAUGAAGAUUAUGAAUAUGAAAAUAGUGAAAAUAAAACUGUGUUGAAAAAAGAAUUUUAUCGAAUCAUCGUGUGGUUCAAUGUUGACUUUGAAACUGUUGAUAUAAACAAAAGUCGAAACAUCGAGUUUAAAAAUGUCACUUACACUGAAAAUGAUAGAAAGAAAUAUGGUUAUAAGAUACCAUUGUGCGUAACAUUUAUUGGUAAUAAUU